AUGCUGAACUCGGUGGCCCGUUGCAAGGAAAUCGUGCAAGCCCUCGUCGGCUCCCUCGGCCGUGUAGAUCCAAAUGACAUUCGUGUUGUUGCGGGCAAGGGAGCCAAGCCGGCACCAUUACACAAUUAUGCCACGGUAGGCGUGAGGGACAGUGUGCUCUUGAUCACCGCCUAUGAACCAAGCACUCUGAAGCACAUAGAAAAGGCGGUCUACGCUGCUAACAAGGACUUGACCCCAGAGCCAGCCCCUGAGGAAGGCGAAGGCGUUCUCUAUGUACAUGUGCCCAAGGCCACAGGCGAAACGCGCAAGGCACUUGUCCAGAAAUGCGUGAACGAAUGCGAGCACGCCAAAGCCGCUGUGCGCUCGGCGCGCCAGGCAGCUCAGAAGCGCCUCAAGCAUGACACUGACGCCAAGGUUCUCAGCAAGAACGAGUCCCAGAAGGAGGCCAAAAAAGUAUGUUUACGAAAGGCGACUGACUUGAAGCUGGAGGAUAUCACGAAGAAGCACACAUCGCAAAUUGAUCAGGUGUCAGCAGACGCGCACAAGCGCCUUCUUCACUGA